UUUAAUCUAAUUUGCUGGGAAAAUUGGACGCCAAAAAUUGACUCCCUUUGUCAUUUUUACAUUUCAAAAUCCGCCAUGAAAGUACCUCCUUCAAAUUUCUCGGCAGAACCCUAACAAAAGCCCACCCACAACCACAACCGCAACCUUCCAUGCUCAACCUCCACAACCACACUGUCUUCCCACUCAAACCCAUUUCAUUUCUCUUGAAAAAAUGGGCUCUCUCAUCCCAAUUCUUGACCUCAAUAACCUCCCAGAAUCAACCGCAGGCUCAACCCCAACCAACACCACCACCAUCGCCAUGAAAGUCCCAAAAAUCGAACCCAAGCUCGAACCUUUCGACGAGCCACUCGAUACCCAACUGCCCCAACUACCCCAAGAACCCUUCGUUCCCACUCCUACCCCCAACUCUUUCGCUAAUUCCCAAUUGACCCCUUUCUCCGACCCCAACCACACCCCUCUAUCUGAAUCCUCCACCGUACCCUCAGACCAAGACAAUGUGUACUCGGAGUUCCAUCGGAUUUCCGAGCUUUUUCGAACAGCUUUUGCAAAAGGGCUCCAGCGUUUCGGUGACGUCGACGUUUUGGACCCGGAUUCGCGAGCAAUUGUCCCAGUUUCUCAAGAACAACAGCUCCAAGAGGUUGUCGUUGCGCGAAGAAAAUACCCCCAGCGGUCCUCUGAGCUCGUCCGGGUCACCGAUCUCAACGUCGAGGACCAGCGCUACUUCCGAGACGUAGUGCGAAAAACCCGAAUGCUAUACGAUUCGAUUCGCAUUCUGUCAGUGGCGGAAGAGGAGAAGAGGGCCCCGGGGCUCGGGAGACGAGCCCGAGGCGAUUUGCGAGCCGCUUCGGUGCUCAGGGAUCGUGGGUUGUGGCUCAAUCGCGACAAAAGGAUCGUUGGUUCGAUUCCUGGGGUCUAUGUUGGCGAUAUCUUCUUUUUUCGGAUGGAGUUGUGUGUGGUUGGAUUACAUGGCCAAGUCCAAGCUGGGAUUGACUAUCUUCCGGCGAGCCAGAGCUCGAACCACGAGCCAAUUGCAACCAGCAUUAUCGUUUCGGGUGGCUAUGAAGAUGAUGAGGAUGCGGGUGAUGUGAUUAUCUACACUGGUCAUGGAGGGCAGGACAAGUUUAAUAGGCAAUGUGCUCAUCAGAAGCUGGAAGGUGGGAAUUUGGCAUUGGAGAGAAGCAUGCAUUAUGGGAUUGAAGUGAGAGUUAUCAGAGGGAUCAAAUGUCAAGGCAGUGUUUCAAGUAAGCUUUAUGUCUAUGAUGGCUUGUAUAGAAUUUUUGAUUGUUGGUUUGAUGUGGGCAAGUCUGGCUUUGGUGUUUAUAAGUAUAAGAUUUUGAGAAUGGAAGGGCAAGGAGAGAUGGGUAGCGCCGUCCUUAAGUUUGCCGAGAGUCUUAGGACUAGGCCCUUGUCUGUGAGGCAGUCGGGUUAUCUUAGUUUGGAUAUCUCUAAUAAGAAGGAGAAAGUUCCAGUUUUCCUUUUCAAUGACAUUGAUUCUGACCAGGAUCCCUUGUACUAUGAUUAUCUUGUGACAACUGUGUUUCCAACGCAAGUAUUUCAUCAGUCCGGGCAGGGGACUGGGUGCGAUUGUGUUGACGGUUGUUCUGGUAAUUGCUUUUGUGCUAUGAAAAAUGGAGGCGAGUUUGCUUAUGAUCAGAAUGGGUUUCUAUUAAGAGGCAAGCCUGUGGUUUUUGAAUGUGGGACCUUCUGCCGUUGCCCCCCACGCUGUCAGAAUCGUGUCACACAAAAAGGGUUGAGAAAUAGACUGGAAGUGUUUAGAUCAAGGGAAACAGGUUGGGGAGUUAGGUCCUUGGACUUGAUACAUGCUGGUGCCUUUAUAUGUGAGUAUACAGGGGUUAUUCUCACUAGAGAAAUGGCUCAAGUUUUUGCAAUGAAUGGUGAUAGCUUGGUUUAUCCACACCGGUUUUCUGAUAGAUGGACAGAGUGGGGAGAUUUAUCUCAGAUAUAUCCUGAUUAUGUACGUCCAUCUUAUCCUUCAAUCCCACCAUUGGAUUUUGCAAUGGAUGUAUCGAAAAUGAGAAAUGUUGCUUGUUACAUGAGCCACAGUUCCACUCCAAAUGUGCUGGUGCAAUUUAUACUGUAUGAUCACAAUAAUCUAAUGUUUCCUCAUAUUAUGCUAUUUGCAAUGGAGAACAUCCCUCCCAUGAGAGAGCUGAGCCUUGACUAUGGGGUGGCUGAUGAAUGGACGGGGAAACUUGCUAUCUGUAACUAAAUAAUUUUGAUGGCGUGAUGCUUUUUGGAUCAUGCAAACAGUUACCGGAAUAUGAGAUACUGAGCUCUAGUUCAAACUUCAAUGCCACCUUAGCACCUAUUUAUAGCCUGCUAGGUGUGUGAUUCCUUGUGCAAUGAUGUACUCUAGUAAUCAUAUGGUGAAGCAUAUCCGGAGGAAGGGGCCUUUAAGAUUCUCUGUGAUGGAGAUGGCAUUCGGACUACAUAGCUCUGUAGUUUUCUUAGAUGGCUUCUGAAUUCUGUAGUCCAUGAAUUUUUCCUCAAAAGUAGAUGCUGAAAAUGUAAAUUUUGCUAUCAGAUUAUCCAAAAGCAUUGACUUGGCUCAUGUACAUGUCAAAUUGAAGUCACGAGGUGUAGAAAAAAGAAAAGAAACGGGAAAAUGAACUGGAAUUGAGAACUCGCUGACCGAGCCACAAAUGCUGCUGUGAUGAUUUGCUCUGACAUUUUAGGCAUUUUUCUGUUUCCUGGACUAAGCUUCAUACGUGCAAUUCCACUGCAAGUUGCAGUCUGCAACUGAUGGUAGUUGCCAUUAGGUUUGUUAAGCUUGUAAGCACAACUGUAGUAAUCUUCUGUACUUGUAGCUUUGUAUAUAUAAUGAUCCAAAUGGCAAAAGUUUGUA